CAUCGAUAGUAUCGAUAACUAUCAGGUUCAGGUUCGCCUGUAUUGCACUAUUUUGCUUCACACACGUAAUUUCGGAAUUUGCCAGAAAAACACCGAUCUGCUAUUGAUCUUAGUCCAAAAUUGCGUUUUUAAGUCGAAAAGACACUUUUCGGCUUUUAGAUGGAUGAAGACUCGGCUACGAUACAGCUGGGGGAUAGGCGUCUCGGUAACGCGGUCGAUCAUGAUCUGCUUCCAGGGCCACCCGGCGUCGAUGAGAAAAGCGGAAACGAGAACUGCGAGCCCAGGAGCAGUGGGUCGGGAAAGCGCGGCAAGUCGAAUUCCAGGCGCCGUUCCACAUCCCGUGGUCGGUCGGAUUCCCGCAACACAUCGCCGUCGAACACCCGGCGAAGGCAUUCCCUGUCCCGCUCGCUGACUCCACCGCGUCGUCGUUACGAUUCGCCCGAUUAUGGGCGGUACUCCCGACGGCGCUUUGAUCGUGAUCGGCGACGCUCCCCCGAACGCCGGCGCUCUCCGCCACGUCGCGGACGACGGUACGGACGAUCCCGGUCCCGCAGCAUGUCGCCCCGACGGGGAGGUCGAUGGUCACCAAAAAAAAAACCGUCGUCGCCGCCAGUGCCCCCUCCGCAUGGAGGACCACAUCCUCAAAUGACCCCUGGCUAUGGAGCUAUGGCCGCACAUAUCUACGGAUCAUACGUCGCUCCACCAGAUGUUUACGGUCACCAAUAUGGAAUUCCGCCUAACUCGUUUCCACCUCAGGGACCGGGGUACGGUAUUCCAGGUGCCCCGCCGGACCAAAGCUCUUUUGGCUCUGGCUACGGUCCGCCUCCCACAAGCGCGUGGGACGUAAAUGUGUACGGUCAGCAGGUGUGGAUUAACCAGCCUAUUUCUGGGGUCCAGCCAUCCGCUUCAGACUCCCUGAUCCAGCCACAGAAGGCCCGCGAAACUCUCUCUGGCAAGACGAUAGGCGAGGAGCAGUCGGUGCCAGCGCUCGAAGGCGCAGGUUUGACGCCUCAGGAUGCUGUUGCCCAAGAAGCGGAGAAGCAAAAGGACGAGCUUAAGAAACAGCGCGCUAACUAUGUCAAAAAGGUAUCGCUGCUCAAGAAGGAAAUGAAAGUACUUAAGGACCAGCGCGAGGACCUGGCAGCAGGCGAUGCCCCACCCUCGCCAACCACAAAGAAUUUCAUCGAAGAAAACGACCGCCUGCAGAUGCAAAUUAAGAAGAAACUUGACACAAUUGAAAACGUUAUAGAUAUGCUGAACGGCAUAAUUGGCUACGAAGAAGUUGAAGAUGAACCAUCUAACCAAAAGUCCCAUGGCAAGACUCAACCGGAACAACAGGAUAGUCGCUCGCACUCCUCCAGUGAGAGUUCUGCAGAUAGCUCUGAAUCCAGCUCAUCAUCUAGUACUGCUUCCGAUUCGUCAUCCGAUAACGAAGACGGGGAAGGGGCAGGCGGCGCCGUAGGAAGUCCAACCAAUCGGCUAAAGCACCGCGCCAUAAAGUCGAUGAAGUCAAAGCAGCUACAUGGUGAAAUGAAGGCAGUGCCAACCCAAGCACAAAAUUACAAUUUUGUGUUUUUCGAUCCCGAGCAGCAUUGGUGCGAGAGCUGUGGAGUUUUUCCAAAGUCUGCUCGAGACUAUUUAAAGCACUUGCAUGCCGAGGAACACAUGAAUCGAGAAACCAUAGAAACUCCGUGGCAUGUGGGUAUUGACCACGAUCCCUUUCCCACAUUUGAAAACGCACCUGCCAGGCGCGUCCCCGUGAGGGGCAUGCAAUUUCUGGUGCCGGCUAACGCUUGGUUUUGCAAGCUCUGCAGUGUUUGGAUUGGAGACUUGCACUGCGCUUCUGCUCAUCUUAAGUCUAGGCUUCACUCCAAUAAGUAUCAGCAAUUUUUAAAUCAGAACCCCAACUAUGAAAUAGAGUGGCAAACAAACCGCGAGCGGGCCAUGAAUCAACAGAAAGAUCACGAUGAUGCCAAGAAUAAAAAGUCCAAGAAAGACGAGGACAAGGCGUCCAAAAAGAGGAAAAAAAAGGGCGGGGACAAAAAAAAAAAGAAGCGCAAGCACGGAAAGAAGAGCAAACGUAGUACAAUAGAUGCAAACAGCACAUCGUCAUCCUCCGAUAGCUCUUCGUCGGAAGAGGAAAAUGGACAGCAACCAAAGAAAGGUCGUACCGAACAGCAACCAAUUUGUCAAUCAGAUAAGUCGACUAAUGCAGCAUCAAUACGAGUGGCCAUGAGAAAGCAGGAAAGCACACCAACAAAUUUGAAGCCGGAAGUGCCUUGUCAGCCUGUGGUGCCGCCACCGCCACCGAUCAUAAAGGAUUCCACAAUUCCUUCAGAACGGGGUAAAUGGACUGCCGCCAGUGUCGAAGACCAAAGUAAGGAUCAAAAGAACCGGGAUGAUACCAUGCUCAAGCAAUGGAAUAAUGUGCAGCCUGUUAUAAGUGAGAGUGAAAAAAAGUUGUUGGAGCAGCUUAAAGGAAGGCUGAAGAACAAGGGAGCCCGCGACCAGAACAACCACAAAGCAGUACCAACAGAAGCGAAUGAUGAAAAGUUUAGGCGGGGUGGAGGACGUCAUUCUCGUUCACGUUCUAAGCGGCGCAGCUACUCUCGAAGCAUAAGUCGCGGGCGGGAUCGAGAUCGGCGGGAUCGUGAGCGAGAUAGAGACCGUGGUCGUAGGCGUCGGUCACGCAGUCGUGGCCGACACUUCUCUCGUUCGCCCAUAAGAUCUAGUCGAAGAAGUCGAUCCCGUCAGGGCCGAAGUCGACGCAGUCGUAGUCGCUCUAUUGAACGGGUAGAGCGUCCCGUGGUCAAGCAUUCCGAGUUUCGGCCCCGUACUGUGCCGGAACGCAAGCAAACUGAUAUAAAGCGCGACAAGAAGGAUGCAGAAAGCAAGUCAAAGUCAUCCAAGCCCAGUAACAAUUCCUUGCCUGGAGGCAAAAAACUACCUUUCAUCGGUAAGAUGCCAGUAUUUAAAAAGCAGUCUGUUCCAUCUUUCAACUAUGAUGCUUCUGCUGUCUACACCAACGGCUGUUUGGAGGCACCACCUCCACCGCCACCUCCAUUGGGCGGAGCGACAAGUCAGAUAGCUGUGCGUCAACAAGCACCGACAGCUGCGCAGAUUCAGAUGGCAAUGAUGGAAGAUGCUUUUGGCAAUGCUCCCCCAUUUCAUCCAGAUGCGGGUAUGAUGGUAGAUUACGAUGAGCUAAUGCCAGAUCCUGUCCAGUUCGCCAAUUUAAUGACGAGCUGCCCACCACCUCCGCCGCCUGGAGAAGGCUCUGAAGGUGAUGCCCAUGGCCCUGAGGAUGGCGAUCAGCAUGACAACGAAAACCGAGAGGACGUCUUGCCCCCAGGCAUUGAUGAAGCUGAAUCUGCCCUGGUACCGCAUCCGUUAGACGCUGCGGCACAAUCCCGAGACGGGGAACUCCCAAAGGACCUGGUCGAAGCGCUUGACAUAAUAUUCCCCAGCGACGUAGCGAUUUUGGAGGCAUCAAAUGGAAACAGUGAAAAGCAGGAAGAUGUGACUAUCACCACCAUUGUUGAAGAUGACGCAGUGCUCAGUGUGAUUCAUCUUCAAGAUUUAGCUAAAGAGGGUAUUCACCUUGUAACUAUCAAUGAAGCAGAGGUACCUAAAAAGUCACAUAUUCAAACAUCGGAGAAGAUUGAAAAGUUGCAGGAUUUAAAUGGCAAAUCGGACGACGGAGUAAACAUAAAACUGAUUGACGCAGAGGAUAUCCCAAUGCCGAAUUCGCCUCCGGCUGAGCCGUCAUUUGACGAGGAGACGAAAAGCAAGGCCUUACAGAAGCAAGCUGAUAUCUCAGAAAUACCAGAGCCGGCUGUAUCGCCUUCAGACAGUGAGAAGCUUCGUCGUCAGUCGGAGCUUGACGAGUUGGCUAUGCUGGGAAUCGACAGGAGUGACAUGGCGGCACAAUAUGCUCUGUAAGAUUUGAGUUGACUUGGAGAGGGCGAAAGGCAAGUCCCGACGCCGGAUACACGGGCGGACGAAUCGAAUAACACGUCAAGGAGCCCCAUAAAAAGGAACAGUUUUAGAUUUUAGAUUGGCACCUGUGUAUGAGUGUUUUUGACGGAAUGUUUUAAAUAAAUGCGCAUAUAUGUAUGUAAUAUAUGUAAGAAUC